AUGGUAUCAUCGCUCAAGACAGUCGCCGGUGCAAGCCGUGCAUUGACACGAUCGACACUGUCCCCUGCCCAACAAUACGCCACCGCACGAGCCUCACCCAUCCUCAUCCAACGUCCCAUCUCCACUACCCGCUCCCACCUAUCGUCCACCCCUCCCAGACCUUUCAGCUCCAACACCAGUGUCGGCAACCUCGAAACCUCCGGGUUCCGUCCCCGACCCUCCGUCACCGGCCCAGGCGCGGUACGCGUCGGCACCCUCUUCACCUCCCUCAUCGCCCUCGCCGUCGCCGUCACCGGGUACGGCCUGUACGAGUACUACACCUCCUUCUCCGCCUGGCCCGUAUCCAUUCGCGACGACCUCCGCGCUGCGAUCAAAGCUCGCAAUCGUGGCGAUGCGCGUCGAGCCGAAACGUACUUCCGUAAAGCUCUGGCAACUGCGAGAGGCAUCAAGGCGGAGCUGAAUGAGCCUACACCGACGCCGAAGGGUGCGCCAAAGAGUGAGGCGGGUGAGGCGAUGCUCAAGAUCUCCGGGAUUGCGAUCGCGCUGGCUGCGCUGUUGGAGGGGGAGGGGCAGGUGGAGGAGAGUUACAACGUUCUCGAGGAUGUUUGGGAGGAAGUUAUGGAGAGAGGAAAGUACGUGAAUGUCGGCGAGGAGAAGGGUGAGGUGAAGAGGAGUGACAGGGAUAGGAUGAGAGCGGUGCAGAUCGCGCAAAAGCUCGGCAUGUUGGGUCAGCUGCCAGAAGUGAGGCUCGCUGUGCUGGACAAGAUCAAAGCAAUCCAUUUGGGAGAACAGCAAGAACAAGGGGCCAUGAAGUACAGGUUCAGUCUGACGGGAACGUCAGAAUCACAGGACCCAGCAGAGAAGUGGCUCGUGUGGAGCGUUGAAGAGCUUUUCCGACUCGUCCUACCAGCUGAAGUGCAUGCGUCCGCUCUCGCCGCUGCAGCUGCUCCACCACCCGCCGAAACCAGCGAAUUCAAACCAAAGCUUCCCACCACGACUUUGACGACGGUCAAACCACCAACCUCCAUCUCUCUAGCGGAUCUCGACCUCCCCGCGUGGGUGACGAAACUCGACCUCCUCUCAUCCAUCGAAACCCUCGGCACAUUUUACGCAACAAAAUCCCUGCCCGAAUACGCAGUCCCGCUAUACCUUCAGACACUAUCCAUCCUGUUACCUCCCACCAACGCCAACAGCGGUGGUCGUGGAGCGCCACCGACCGCCAGCGAGAGAUGCAAAGCUGGUCUCGUGAUGAACAAUCUUUCGCAACUGCUGUCCGGCUCCAACAUCAAAGAUGCUACCAGUUGGGCGAUCAAAGGCCUGGAAGUAACGGAUAAGACGGUUCAGAUGGCUGGAUUCGAGUCCGUCCCAGAGAGCAAGGCCGGUAAAGCAGCGGAAGUGGUCCAAAGUUCGGACGAGAGGACACAAGAGGUUCGAACGGAAUGUCUUGGUGUCAAGUUGACGCUCCUGUACAACCUUGGCGUGCUCAACGACAUGGCAGGUGACAAAUGUCAAGCUCGAAUCUACUUUCAAAAAGCCUACGCACUCGCGGACAAGAUGGGAGGCCCCGCUUCUGGUGUCGCCAAGCAGAAGGCCGCCGAGAGUCUGGCGCGGCUCGAAAGACGCAAGUCUUCCAAGGCAUGA